AUGUACUUUCAUGGCGCCCGUUUUUCCAAUUAUGAAGCAUGGCUAAGUGUUCCUACUCACAUUGGACCCAGUGCUCAGGUAGUUUGGCCUAUAGUAGGGCAAGAAAUAUUGAAUGGUGAUGUAGGUGGGGGUUUCCGAGGAAUCCAAAUAACCUCUAGUUUUUUUCAGCUUUGGCGAGCAUCUGGAAUAACUAGUGAAUUACAACUCUAUUGUACUGCAAUUGGUGCAUUGAUUUUUGCAGCGUUAAUGCUUUUUGCUGGUUGGUUCCAUUAUCACAAAGCCGCUCCCAAAUUGGCCUGGUUCCAAGAUGUAGAAUCCAUGUUGAAUCACCACUUAGCGGGAUUAUUAGGACUUGGGUCUCUUUCUUGGGCGGGGCACCAAAUUCAUGUAUCUUUACCAAUUAACCAAUUUCUUGACGCUGGGGUGGAUCCUAAAGAGAUACCACUUCCCCAUGAAUUUAUCUUGAAUCGGGACCUUUUGGCUCAGCUUUAUCCUAGUUUUGCCGAAGGAGCAACCCCUUUUUCACUUUAA